UUUUCCUCGCGAACUCCAGCCCAGCGAAAUACAGAGAAAAGAGGCCUCUGCUAGCAGGGAAGUAUAAUGUAUCUUCGAGCUGUGAAGACCACUAACUGAACUAUUAUCAGUUUUCUGGUUUUCUCUCUCAAGAUAAACGAAAAAACUAUAAAAAGGCUCCGUAUUAUCAGAGAAUAAUAAUCACCACUCCCAAAUAACAUAAAAAUGCGACCUCUCGAUAUCUUAAAAAAGUAAAAUAGCCGGCAAAAUGAAUUAGAAGUUGAGAGCCAUUUUAUCUAUCGGUUCAUGCUGGUAAAAUACAGUACUUUCAAUUCCGGUUUCUAUCAAAAUCACGAAAAAGGAGGGCGCCCAUCUAUAAUUGGCCUAUUGUUCCUUUGUCGGACCACGUGCACGGUGCCGGCUUACUACCUAUUGUUCGCACACUAUACUAGAUUCAGUUUCUUCUGCUCCGACGAAGGGCUAACGCUCGAAACGUCAGCGCAACUACUCCGUUUGAGGGGUUUAACAUACCUUUCCAACCUUGUGUCGAGUUAUACCUUGCCUACACCAUGCCUACGCAGACCAUCUAGUUUUUCUACAGCUUGUCUGUAGUCUUUCUUGUUAUACCAUUUUAAAAUAAGAACCUGUUUUAAAUUUUAGUUUGAAAAGGUUUUUAUUUAACGGGGUUCUAAAUUGGUAUUUUUAGGCUAACAGGUUCUUUAACUCUAGGUUCUAAUAAGCGGGUAAGUACUGUAUAUCGCCUAUGUCCAUACCGAUUCUGCUCCAUGCGAUAUUUCUUAAUUGUUGUUGUCAGGCAAACAUAGAAAAGCGGUUACUAUGAAAUCGCAAACAUGACAACGUUAAUCAUUUCUUUGUUCCCAGUUGAGAAGCGUUCGCGCUAACGCACGUGGUUUCAGGAUCUAGGUGUGACACAUAUAAAACAGACAUAAAUCAAUUCUAUAAGUAGGGCAAGCAUGGCGAAUGUAGUAAGCGAAAAUGGGGAGCCAAAAUCAGCAAUAAGUUACAAACAUCCUGAUUUUUUUGCCAAAGUUAACGAGCAAGUACUUAUGCCGGGCACAACGGAAGAAAUGUUGGAUUGUUUAUCGAGGCUGAAGGUUUGCAAUGACGACGUCAUUAUAACAUCAUGGCCGAAAUCGGGAACAACAUGGACAAUGGAAAUCGUCUGGCAGCUCUACAACGAUGGAAAGAUAGACGAGACGCAAAUCGACAAGAAAGUCAAAUUUCUAGACACCAUGUUCAUUCCCGCAGAUCCAGCCAAUCCACAGACGCCAAACGACGUCAUCAAAACAUUUCAAGGGCUUCCCAGGCCGCGGUUGCUCAAGACUCACCUGAAUUACCAAUACGUCCCCAUGGGGGAAGACAGAGGAAGCGCACCUAAGACCAUCGUGGUCAUGCGGAACCCCAAGGACGCGUUUGUGUCGUACUUUAACCAUUACACAGGGCUGGCUAUUUUGCAAUGCGACACGGAUUGGGAGGAGUUCUUCGAGCUGGCCUUGAGCGGAGAUGUGUUCGGUUCCUGGUUUGACUUUGUUCGCUCGUGGUGGCCACACAGACACGAUCCCAAUGUCAUGUUCCUCAGAUACAAGGAUCUGAAGCAGGAUCUCCCAGCGAUGAUACAGCGAAUUGCAAGCUUUCUUGAGCUCAGGCCAAACGCUGACCUUAUGGCACAGGUAGCCCAACAAACCACCUUUUCGGCAAUGCGCGACCGACCCUCCUUUGACCAUAGCUGGUUCGGACAGAAGCCUGGUCGCAAAUUCGAGUUUCUUUGGAAAGGCAAAGUGGGAAGCUGGAAAGACUUCUUCACCGAAGAGCAGAAUCGAAGGUUUGAUCGGAAGUUCAAGCAGGAAAUGGCGGGAACUGGUUUUGAUUUAAGUUACUUUGAUUAACGUCUGUUUGAAGGGUCUUCCUCGACAUUUUUGUUUUUCCUUUAGAAAGUGUCUGUAUAGGUGAGGAAAGACGAGAGUCAUAAGAGAAUCACACGCAUUUAUGCAAGAUAACAACUUUAUUCAUUUUUAUACAUUUCAUUUCCAAAAAAUAUCCUAUUGCAAAAUUAUGUAAUUUUUCGAAACUAAUUAUUGAAAAACAUUUAAGCGCGAUAAUUUAUCUCGUGCCAGUCAUAUAUAAAUAUAUUUCAAGGAAUUUUUUGAGGGUACAAAAUACCGCAUUUUCAAUAUAUUAAGAAGGAAACACCCUUAAUAUCAAUGUCAAAUAGAACCCGACAAAGAGCUUAAAAUACAGUAGAACCUGUUAGCCGAAAAUUUGUCAUUUACACCCGCUAACAAAUAAACAAACAAACAAGAAAAAAAAAA